AUGGAUACUACCAGUGAUAAAAUUUUGGAAGGAGGGUCUCCCAGAUCGUCUAUAACGGAUCCUGAUAGAGAUGAAAUUUUGGAAGGAGGGAAUCCCAGAUCGUGUUUAACGGAUCCUACAAGUGAUGGAAUUUUGGAAGGAGGGCCUCCCAGAUCGUCUUUAACGGAUCCUGAUAGUGAUGAAAUUUUGGAAGGAGGGCCUCCCAGAUCGUCUUUAACGGAUCCUGAUAGUGAUGAAAUUUUGGAAAGAGGGCUUCCCAGGUCGUCUUUAACAGAUCCUACCAGUGAUGAAAUUUUGGAAGGAGGACCUCCCAGAUCAUCUUUAACGGAUCCUACCAGUGAUGAAAUUUUGGAAGGAGGGCCUCACAGAUCCUCUUUAACAGAUCCUACCAGUGAUGAAAUUUUGGAAGAAGGGCCUCCCAGAUCGUCUUUAAUGGAUCCUACCAGUUAUGUAAUUUUGGAAGGAGGGCCUCCCAGAUCGUCUUUAACGGAUCCUGAUAGUGAUGAAAUUUUGGAUAGAGGGCCUCCCAGGUCGUCUUUAACAGAUCCUACCAGUGAUGGAAUUUUGGAAGGAGGGCCUCCCAGAUCGUCUUAA